AUGGAGCCCCCAAAGAGCACUUACCCGGAGCUGCGGCCCCGCAGCCUCCGGCGCCCGAGCGAGGCGCUGCCCCGGCGCCCAGCCCGCGGGCGCUCGGAACGCGCCGCCGGAGCCGGGAAGGCUCUCCCCAAGCGGCCCACGCCCGGCGGCUGCGGCGCGGCCCGGCCAGCGCGAGGGGGCGGAGCCGAAGCCGCGCUCCGGGGCCGGGCUGGCUGCGCCCGCCGCUGGGGACGCCCCGCUUACUCCGCGCCUGCCGGCUGCCGCUGGAUCCGGCAUCACAUGGCCCGGCCUGCCCGCCGCCGCGCCCGACACCGGCUCCAGGAAGAAACCUGA